CUUUCUCUCUCUCUCUCUCUGUUUUUGGAUGCCAGAAGUCUCUGGGUGACGGCGAGCUGUGGAAUAGAAAUGGGGGGGUGGUUGCAAAGUGUGAAGUGUGUGUGUGUGUGUGUGUGUGUGUGUGUGUGUGUGUGUGUGUGUGUGUGUGUGAAUGUGUGACAGCAGUCCUCUUCCUUUGAGCGUGUGCAGAAGGUGAAGAAGACGAACAGAGAAGCUCCAACAACUUUAAAGCAGCAGUGAGUCACUUCCAGCCGGCGCAGCAGCAGCAGCAGCUGUUGGAUGAUUUAACAGACUUCCUGCCUUUCGCCCGAGUCCUGCUGUUUGGAUCCAACGCUGCAGAGACGAGGCGCCGAUCCUCAGGCUGUGUGCAGGUUAAAAAGAGGAUGUGGGACGAGGCAGACUGAAUGGAAACCCGUCCCCCGAGGCUCAGCUCACUUUUGCUUCAGAAAUAACUUUUUGCCCGAAACCUGUGCAACAAAAGGCCCUCGUCUGAUCCGAAAUGGCCGCCGUCAGCGCGGUGUUGCUGCUGCUGCUGGCGGGCGCCUGCAGCGGUAGUCUGGUCGUGGUGAACUCGGGCGUGGAGGUGACGAGGGGCCGGUCUGUGUUCGUCACGGAGAAGGAGCUGAAGAUCAGCGUGGAUGCGACCGCAGACUGUAAGGUGGAGGUGGUGAUGAACGAACCUGUCACCCAGCGAGUCGGGAGGCUGACUCCGCAGGUGUUUGACUGCAGCUUCCUGGAGGACGAAGUGAAAUACGUCCACGACGGAAGUCCUCUGCUGGACGAGGACGCGGUCAUGCUAAGAGUCUACAGGUUCAGGUCCCGGGACACGCUUGUGGAGACGCUGGUCCUGCCGGUGCGGGUGGUGGACUCGGUCUCCGGCGUGGUGCGGCUCGGCAGCGCGCCGCUGGUGGUGCCCGAGUUCUACGGUUUAUCCAACGCCAUCGACGGCUCGGUGCUGGACAUCCGGGCCGCGCCGGAGCUGGUCUGCAGCGUGCGGCUGAUGACCGGUGACAUUAUCGUCCCCGCGCUGGGACAGCUGGUGAGGGAGGAGGACGCCAUGCAGAGGAAAGGCCGAGAGACGGCAGCGCUGUGUCCCGGGAACAGACCGUGUCUCCACAGCACCAGGGAGGUGCGUUUCCUGAAAACCAGCUGCCAGGACUUCCUGUCCUCGGGUCUGAAGUACCAGCACCUCCAGCCGCCCUCGCCGGAGAUCGACUACAUCCCGCUGCGGGUGGAGCUGAGGCAGCGCGGCUCCAGGGCGCUGCUGCAUUCAGAGUCGGUGUGGUUGCCGGUUCUGAUCCACGGUGCGUUGCCUAACCAGCCUCCUGCUGCGUCCUUCAUGACGUCUCUGAUCCUGGAGGUGGACCAGUUCAUCCUGACGCCGGUUACCACGGCGACGCUGGACGCCACCGACGCCGAGACGCCACGGGAGGAGCUCGUCUUCAACGUGACCGUGCCGCCGGCGGCCGGCUACAUCACGCACCUGGACGACCACGCCAAGCCCGUCUCGUCCUUCACCUGGCGAGACCUGCACGGCAUGAAGGUGGCCUACCAGCCGCCCAGCAGCAGCCAAUCACAGCGCAGCAACUACCAGGUGGAGUUUCAGGCGAUAGACGGUUCCUACAUGACCAGCCCGCCCAUCUCGGUCCACAUCUCCAUCCGGGCGGCCGAAACGAACGCACCCCGAGUCUCCUGGAACAUGGGUCUGGAUUUGCUGGAGGGUCAGUCCCGACCAAUCACGUGGGAGGAGCUGCAGAUCGUCGACAACGACAACAUCAACGCGGUUUACCUGGUUGCCGUGGACGGGCCGCUCCACGGGCGCCUCACCGUCAGAGGCGGGAAGGCGUUCAUGUUCCGCGUGCAGGACCUGCGUGACGGCGUGGUCGUCUACCACCACUCCGACAGCGACACCACGCGCGACCACAUCGUCUUUCGCAUCAGCGACGGGCGCCACAGCAUCCGCCACAAGUUCCCCGUCAACAUCCUGCCCAAAGACGACUCGCCGCCGUUCCUCAUCAACAAUGUGGCGCUGGAGGUGCAGGAGGGCACAGCCGUGCGGCUGGAGGACUUCACGCUACUCGCCGCUGACCUGGACUCCAGCGAUGACUACAUCCUGUACCAGCUGACCUCCGGCCCCCGGGCGGGGCAGCUGGUCCGGAAGACCUCAGCCCACGAGACAGGAGAGCAAGUGGACAGUUUCUUGCAGCGGGAUCUGAUCCAGGGUCAGAUCUACUACCAGCACUCAGGAGAGGAGCAGUUUGAGGACUCGUUCGACUUCACGCUGUCUGACAGCCACCAGCCGCCCAACCUCUCCCAGACAUACACGGUGGUGGUCCAUGUUUUCCCGGUGAAGGACCAGCUGCCGGUGGAAGUCUCCGGCAGCGUGCGUUCGCUGACGGUGAAGGAGACGGAGGUGGUGUACAUCACUCAGUCUCACCUCCACUUCACCGACACAGAGCAUCCGGACACAGACCUGACCUACGUCAUCACAGAGCCCUGCUUCAGCCCACUGCAUCCUGGGCUGAUGGACGCAGGGCGCCUGUUCUACACCGACAGCACCAACGCCAUGAAGAGAGACCACACGGUGCCGGUGUUGAAGUCCUUCACACAGCAUGCUGUGAACCACCUGAAAGUGGCCUUCAUGCCUCCGGUGGAGGACAUCGGGCCCGAGCCCCUGGGGGUCCGGUUCGUGUUCUCGGUGAGCGAUAACCACGGCGGCACCGUCUCGGGCCUCCUCUUCAACAUCAGCGUGACCCCCGUGGAUGACCAGGCGCCACAGGCCUUCACCAACCUGCUGCGGGUGGAGGAGGGGGGGGCAGCCUUGGUGACGGAGGAGCACCUCCUGGUCCGGGACCGGGACAGUCCCGAGGAGGCGCUGGGGGCGGAGCUUCAGAGGACAGCUCGCCACGGCCGCCUGGAGCUGCAGGGCCGGACGCUGCUGCUGGGGGACGCAUUCACACUGCAGGACCUGAGAGGACUACGACUCAGGUACAUCCACGAUGACUCCGAGACGACGGAGGACGAGGUCCAUCUGAAGGUGACGGAUGGUCUCAACGCCGCCGACGUCGUCCUGGCAAUACAGGUCCUGCCGAUGAACGACGAGCCCCCCCAGCUGGAUGGGGGUCUGCGGGGGGAGCUGAGCUGUGAGGAGGGGGGGCAGGUGCAGGUGACAGUGGACUACCUGUCGGCCACAGACCGGGACAGCGAGGACUCCAGACUGACCUACAUGCUGGCCCGGAGUCCCGGCAGAGGGGCGGUGCAGCGAGCCGGGCUCACCGUGGACAAGUUCUCCCAGCAGGACCUGCUGCAGGGACACGUCUACUACGUCCACACAGGGGGAGAGAUCGGCGCCGAGCCAGUGUUCGACACCGUCACCCUCAUCAUCUCCGACGGCGAGGCUGGGGGCACGGACGGCUGUUGUCACGGCGACGCCUCCCCCCCACCUGUGCCCCUCCACGGCACACUUCCUGUGUACGACCUCAACAUCACCAUACUUCCUGUCAACGACAAAGUCCCCACCGUCACUCUGGGUGAGUCUCUGUUGGUGGUGGACGAAGGCUCCUGGGCCUGUCUGUGUGGGGGGGUCCUGGGGGCCUCGGACCCCGACAGCCCCCCCGACCAGCUGACCUUCCACCUGGAGACCCCCCCUCUCCACGGCUUCCUGGAGAACACGCUGCCGGCGCCAGGCUCCGAGAAGAGCAGCGCCGGGGUCCCACUCGAAUCCUUCAGUCUCAUCCACCUGACCUCAGGUUUCAUCAACUACGUCCAAUCAGAGAGCAAAGGGGCGGAGCCAACCGUGGACCAGCUGUCCGUCAGCGUGAGUGACGGGCUGCACCGCUCCGCCCCCAUCCCCUUCUACAUCAUCAUUAAUCCGACCAAUGACGAGGCGCCUACGAUGCUGCUCGCCAACUUCACCGUGAAGGAGGGAGGGCUGAGGGAGCUGACUCCGUCCGUCCUGAACGGUUUCGACCUCGACGCUCCCCCUGACGUCCUGACCUUCACGCUGGUGCGGCCGCCGGCUCACGGGCGCCUGAUCAACGGCGUCUACGGCACGGAGACGAGCCGCUACACGGAGAUGGGAGCGGAGCUGCUGCAGAGGAGCCUCUCCGUCACCUCCUUCACCCUGCAGGAGCUCCGACAAGGCUUGAAGAUCGUGUACAUGCACGAUGACACAGAAACCCUGAAGGACAGCGUGGCUCUGCUGCUGACAGAUGGCGUCCACACAGUCCAGGGGACGGCUCAGGUCACCGUGCUGCCGGUCAAUGACCAGAAGCCCCGACUGCUGAAGAACGCGGGGUUGGAGGUGGACUCCGGGCAGCGCCGGGUGAUCUCCAGCGUGGCGCUGCACGCCGAGGAUCUGGACUCGCCCGCCGAUCAGCUGUUCUACUUCCUGAACGCGGCGCCGCGCUUCGGCAAACUGCAGCUCAAGACGGGGUCCGGUUGGACGGAGCUGUCGCCGGGUCAGAACUUCACUCAGGACGCCGUGGAGAUGAACUGUGUGUGGUACGCACACACCGCCACAGACGGGUUCAAAGGUCACGACAGCUUCCGCUUCACCCUCAGUGACCUGGACAACGAGACCCCGGCACAGAGCUUCUUCAUCUCUGUCCACACGGUGCAGAAAGGUGACUUGUUGCUGCGCACCGAGACGGUGCGCCUGGCGGAGGGCCGCCGCGUCGUCCUGACGACGGAUGUCCUGCUGGCGCGGGACGCCUCUGGCCGGCCGGAGGAGCUGCUCUACGCCGUGUCGGUGCCGCCGCGGCACGGCCUGGUGCACGCCGUCCGGCGGCCGGGCGUCCCGCUGAGCUCCUUCACGCAGCUGGACGUGGCGGCGCACCGAGUCUGCUACACGCACGACAACAGCCGGCACGCCGAGGCCGACGCCUUCAGUUUCGUCGUCACAAACGGCGACUCGUCCCGCAGCGGCGUGCUCCGCUUCGCCAUCGAGCACGGCGACCGCAUCCCGCCGACGUUGCAUCACAACGCUGGUCUCCGGCUGCAGGACGGCGCCACGAAGACCGUCACCGGCGCCGAGCUGCAGCUCACCGACCCGGACACGGCCGCGGCCAACCUGAGCUUCGUGGUCACGCAGCCGCCGCGCCACGGCCGACUGCUGCUGGGAGGAGUCCCGCUGACUCCGCCGCUGGCGUUCACGCAAGCGGACGUGGACGAGAUGAAGCUGGCUUACCGGCACGACCGGGCCAGCCCGGCCGACAUCGACAGGUUCUACUUCCUGCCGACGGACGGGAACAACAGAGGAUACCUGGAGUUUGGGCAGCUGAGAGACGAGCCGGCUGUCUUCAACAUACAGGUGGAUCGGGUGGAUAGGACGCCCCCCAGUCUGACCACCAGGCGGAGUCCCAGCACCGUGGUGGAUCUGGGCGCCGGGCGUUACGGCAUCCUCAUCACCUCCAAACACCUGCAGGCGUUCGACCCCGACAGCCCCGCCGAGCAGCUGGAGUUCUCCAUCAGCCGGCCGCCAAACUUCGGCUACCUGGAGAACGCGCUCACAGGAGCUUACAUCAAAGGUCGUUUCACCCAGCGGGACGUGGACCAGCGCGCCGUGGUGUUCGUCCUCCCGGCCGACAUGGAGGUGACGGCCGACAGCUUCCAGUUCCGCCUCACCGACCCGGCAGGAAACACCAUGCUGCCAGAGAUAUUGGAGCUAUCCUGGUCCCGGGUGGAGUUGUCAGCAACCUGCUACCGAACCUGCGAGACAUCGGGGACCCUUCAGAUCCAGAUCCAACGCAGCGGGAAGAGCGUUGACCCAGCGUACGUUGCUAUCCAGGUGGAGGAAGGAUCGGCCAAACUCGGCAGAGAUUUCACUCACAGCACAGCCGGUCUCAUCCAGUUUGACCCAGGAGUCAGUAUGAAAACUUGGAACAUUUAUCUGAUCGACGAUGGCCUGGAGGAAAACCACGAGACCUUCACUGUCACCCUGAAAAAACCCCAAAACGCCGUCCUGGGACAGAGGACGUCCGCUAGUGUCGAGAUCAUCGAUCCAAGAGGAGGGCGGUGCGAUCCAGAUGACCUGAGGGUGGACGACGACAGCAAGCGACUCCCUCCUCUUCCUCUUCCUCUUCCUCGCCUCCCGGACACUCCCAGACCGGAGGAGGACCCCGUCACCGACAUUGAGGCGGAGCUGUUGUGGGAGAACCAGCCUCACCCUCCCCGAGGAGACGUCCCAAACCGGCGGCCCUACCUGGACUACGGAGAGGGGGAACCACAGGACCAGCCGGCCCCCGGCAGCUCCAGCCACGUCUUCCACCACAGCAGGCAGCCACUGGGGGGCGCUACUGGGAGCACUGGGAGCACUGGGAGCACUGGGAGCACUGGGCACAGCGUCAGAAAUGGAGGAUUAAAGGUGCAUCUGUCAGGAGAGAGGAGGUCUGAGGAGAAGGUCUGGACGUUCCACAGUCUGACUCCUCUGCGGGUGGAGGAGCUGAGGCCGAGCGAUGCCGGCUGGAGCCUCCUUCAGGAUCCUCCUCAGAUGGAUCAUCCAGAACCCAGACGCCACCCAGAUCUACGCCAGCGCAAGACAGGGAAGUCAGUGAGCAGCUCGUGUCCCGACGGUUGGACUCACUACAGGAGACGCUGUUACAUCGUCGGCUCGUCGGUGGCCAGCUGGGGGAGCGCCGAGAGGAGCUGCUCGCUGCUGUUUAACAGCAGCCUGACCGGCGUGCGCUCCAGAAGAGACCUGGCCUGGCUGUGGAAGUUUGCCGGGAGGAAGCCAUUUUGGAUCGGUCUGUCUGGAGGUUCGGGACGCUGGAUUUGGGCUGAUGGUGGCUCAGUGUCCUUCUCCAGACUGAGGGGGGCGCCACCGGGCCACGGCGAGUCCCACGGCAAGUCCCACGGCGAGUCCCACGGCGACUCGGACUGCGUGCUGGUUGAAAACCCCCGAAGCUGGAUCUCCACAAGCUGCUCCCCCGAAACUCAACACACAUUUAUCUGUUCCUCGGUGGCUCACACUCACUGAGAGACACGUUUACUGUUCCCAGCUCCGUCUGAACCACCUGCCGCCGUGUUUGAGUCAUAUUUAAUGAUACGCAAUGAUGCUGCUCUGUACAAUAGUAUUCAUAUUUUUGACAUAAUAAAGAUCGCUGCACAAAACCGAGA